AUGGGGAUGAGCGAAGCACAAUCGCUGGCCAUCGAGUCAUGGACCCUCUAUACAAUUGCUAUUCUGGUCGUCAUUGGCAGAACCUUGUCUCGAAGGAUUCUGCUUGGAUCUUUCAAGAAGCUGCAAAUCGAUGACUAUAUAAUGUACUUUGUCGUCUGUUGCUAUACCAUAGUGAUAGUCGGGAUCAACCAGACGGCCGUGAAUCUCAAUGCCUACCUACCUCCGUCCUUCCUCGCAACUAUCACACCCGCUGAAAUCCAGAACGCAAUCUACGGCUGCAAGUGGACGUUCGCUACGGAAAUGACAAAGUUGUCAACGGUCUGGGGUUGCAAAGCUUGCCUGCUAAUCUUGUAUAACCACAUGACUAAGGGACUGCCGAGAUAUCAUCGUGCGGUCAAAUACGUUGCAGCGUAUACCCUGCUCGGCUACAUCAUUGUGAUGAUCCUUUUCUUGGGUGUCUGGUGUCGGCCUGUGAAUUGGUACUGGAAGGUCCCUGUUCCCAACUCGCAAUGUGCGAGUUACUACAACCAUCUCAUUGACGACGCCGUAUUCAACAUCACAUCCGAUCUGUUAAUCCUCUCCCUACCCAUCCCAUUGCUCAUCAAGGCACAACUGCCCCUCAAAAGAAAAAUCGUCCUCUUCGGCAUCUUCUCCCUCGGUACCCUCGUCAUCCUCUGCGCCAUCCUCAACCGCUACUACAACUUCACCGCCGGCUACGGCUCCCUCAUCUACCUCAACUGGUACGCCGGCGAAACCUCCACCGCCGUCAUCGUCGCCAAUAUCCCCCACCUCUGGCCCCUCAUCUCCCGCGUCUUCGGCCUCGGCGCCUUCAAAUCCUCCGCCGGCCCCGACUCCUCGAACCGCUUCCACCUCUCCUCGAACCAGGGCAUCACCUCCCGGCGCCGCACCGCCCACCACGGCCUCGACCACGACGGCUACAUCCGCAGCGAGAGCGAGGAGAGGAUCGCCGGCGGGGGCAAUGGCGGCUGGGGCACCAAGAGCAUGGGCGACGGGGACGUCGAGCUGGCCCACGCGAACGGCGGCUUCGACACCAACGUCGUCGGGGGCAGGAGGACCGACGCGCCCGUUUGGGGCAUGCCGAUCCACGAUUCCGGCAUGGAUGAUAAGGACCGCAUUAUGAAAACCGUGCAUAUUAAUCAAUUCAGUGAAAAUGACUGA